AGGGGAACAAGAAACGAAAACGGGAAAGGGAAGAUGAAGUGUAGCUAGAUGCUCGGCUUCACAGGGCGGUAUAGGGGAAUGUAGGUUUUUGCAGAAGCUUUGCUUCAGUUUUGGGUCAGGUAUUGGAUAGGACAGUCGCGGGGUACUGGCGUGGGGUCCUCAGCAAGGUUGCCUGAGAGCUACUUUUAAUUGUGGAUCUGGAGAGUUCGCACAUCACAGGGUUCCCGGACGCUUCUUCUGUCUGGAAUUUGUUCGUUCACUAACCCACCCCUCUCAUCCCUUCCUUUCCCGUUUAUCCGUCCAAUAAACCUACACUGAAUGAGCGGUUAUCCUAAAUCCUGCGUGAUGUGGGGGAAAUCCUGCCCUCCAAGAAAUGUUGCCUGCACCGUUGACUUCCACACACUGAAACUGGCUGGAGCAAAAAGAGAAGUCCCGUUCAUGCAGGGAAUAUCUGGCCCUCACCUGGCACAGCUUCAGGCCAUCCCUAUAGCUCAUGAGGUCACUGUGUUGAUCAAAGGCCUCCCUCUACUCCUCUGGAAGAUGGGAGGGGGCCUCCUCUGCCCUGAUCUUCGAUGUCUUCUCCCGUUCAACCCUCUCCCCGCCGGUGCUGCUCCGCCAGCGGUGGAACGAGGUGACAGCUGUGGAAGGAUCUGGAUGAAAGCUAAUGCUCGAUGCCAGUAUAACCACUGCAGGAAUCUCACUGGCAGAAGACAGUCCCCUCGACCCCUGCUCAGAGCAAAGUCAUCAGAGAAGCAACCCAACCUAGCAAUUGGAGAAGAUUCCAGCGUACAGCAGGUAACAGCUCAGGCACGAGCAAGGCCUAAGUUUGAACUGUGGCUCUGCCACUCACUCGGCAGAUAUUUUAAGCUCCCUAAACCUCAGUUUUUUGGUCUGCGAAGUGGGAGUUGUAGUUCUUACUCUGAAGAGUGUUUGUGAAGAUAAAAAGGAAUUUCACAGGGGUGUGGAAGAAAAGCAAGCUCAUCUCCAUAGAAGAAUGCCAACUAAUAAGGAGAAGAGGUGGUGGAAUUAGAGAAUCAGCACUUUUGGGGGAUCUGGGCAAGGGUUACCAGUGGGUGCUGCCGCUAUUGGGUAAAACGUUGUUGGGCAACAGGAUCUUCCCACGGUCUCAAAGCACCGCCCAGGGGGUGAGUCAUGGGCCACAAAGGGAAGAGGUGGCUUUCCACUGGGACAACCUGGCAGAAACUACCUUAACCAAGCAAUGAAAUCCAAGAUCACCAAUGGGAGGACAAAGUGACAUUCAGUGGCCAUAUGCACGGGUAAGGACACUCAGGCAGCUUCUUGGAAUUUUAGGAAACAUUCAGACAACCUCAGCUGAGAGACGUUCUGUACGACAUUUGCCUUGAGCUCAUUCAACUACCAAUAAAGUAAAGAGAGGCUCCUCUGGACUACGGCAGGGACAUCACAGCAGAAUGCAAUGCCUGAUUUUUGCGUGGAUCCUGGACCAAGGGGAAAAAUAUCAUAAAAGACAUUUUUUAAAAAAAAUUUUUGAGACAGGGCUUCAUUAUGUGGUCCAGGCUGGCCUCUAACUCACAGUGCUCCUCCUGCCUCAGCCUCUCAAGUGCUGGGAUUAGACCAGACCCAGGUCACACAUAACAUUUUGAGGGGGAAGUGGGGAGGUAUGAGGAUGGAUGGUAUUGCAGAUAGUGCAUCAGUGUUAAAACUCCAGGAUGUCCUUGUGUUUAGGGCAUCAUGCUACCCAGUGCAUUGCCAAUGUCUGCAAAGGUCUCGUAAGUGGUUCACAAAAUAAAUAUGGAGAGAUAC